ACCGACCUGAUCUGAAUCCGUGAAGGGUUCACACUUGAAAGGAAAAUUCCAGGUGAAUUGAGAAAUAUUGAAUAUAUGUAGAAAAUAUAGAAUUUUUACAUUUAAUACUUGCAUUUUUCAUGUUUCUUUAGUUGUAUUGUAAUAAAUAAAUAAUCUGCUAGUGAUACAUAAGCAGAUUUCUACAAAAUUGAAAACAUCGCACGCCAACUCCAGGAGCAGCAAUUUCAAAAGAACAUAGUUACAGGGCGACACACAUGCGCUGAUUACAGGACAGCCGUGAAUUACAGAGGGAUACUGGCGCGCUCGUGGCGCUUCAGGGAGGAGCGCCUCAGCAAAAGCUACAGACAGCUCCGCGCAUUGGAACAGUGCAACCAGCGGCGGACAUUCGGGCAGCAUCUGGAAGCAUCAGGGAUUCCGAGGAGGACAGCAAGAAGGCCCAAGCAAGGAAAGCUGGAGAGUGUUUCUUCCUAAGGUGGACUGAACAGACACUCAUGGCUUCACAGGAGCUUGGAAACGCCAGGGAGUCUGCCACUGAUAAUCUGAAGCCAAAAAUUGACAAUGAUGCCGAGCCCAGCACCACGAAACCCUGCCCCGUCCACGCUCCGAGUGGCGAGGAGGCCAAGAGGGGUUUCCGGAAGGGCAUGAGCAGACACAAUGACUAUGUGAAAAUCACAGUGCCUGAGUCUAAAGUCAACCGUCUCCCCACCGAGUGGUGGAAGACAGUGAUCGCUUUUUUCUACGCUGCUUUUAACCUGGUCUUGACAACCGUGGUCAUCACCGUCGUGCAUGAGAGAGUCCCACCUAAAGAGACUAGCCCACCCCUGCCUGAUAAGUUUUUUGACUAUAUCGACCGGGUCCAGUGGGCCUUUGCAGUGACAGAGAUCAACGGCAUGCUGCUGCUGGGCAUCUGGAUGAUCCAGCUGUUUUUCUUCAAAUACAAGUCUAUUGUGUUCCGAAGGUUUUUCUUCCUCAUCGGCACCCUGUACCUGUACCGUUGUGUGACCAUGUACAUCACCACCCUGCCUGUGCCUGGCGUGCACAUGACCUGUGCUCCUAAGCUUCACGGAGACUCCCAAGCAAAAAUUCAGCGAAUUCUGCGGCUGAUGUCAGGUGGAGGCCUGUCCAUGACAAACUCGCAUCUGCUGUGUGGAGACUUCCUCUACAGUGGACACACAGUGAUGCUCACCCUCACCUACUUGUUCAUUAAGGAGUACUCGCCGCGGUCGUUUUGGUGGUACCAUCUCAUAUGCUGGCUGCUGAGUGCCGUGGGUGUGGUCUGCAUCUUGGUGGCCCAUGAGCACUACAGCGUGGACGUAGUCGUGGCCUAUUUCAUCACAUCCCGUCUGUUCUGGUGGUACCAUACCAUGGCCAACCUACAGACCCUAAAAUGCUCACCCAACAACUAUCUCACCAACACCUGGUGGAACCCAUUGUUUAACUUCCUGGAGAGGAACGUGCAAACGUCGGUGCCGUGCUCCUUCAUUUGGCCCCUCACCUGGCCGUCUGUAUGCUUGAAGAAUCCCUGCAAGACGUACUCCAUGGUACAAAGCACACGGGAGGAGUAACGCUCCUCAGAUGCUGUAGCACCUUUGCCUGUCACCUUUACCACCCUUUGGAGUGGAGUUCACUCAGUCAGUAUUGUCUAUUGUGCAGGGACCAAAAUCUACCUACUUAAUCCUCAUUCAUAGAAUAUAGGUUAGAGAAAAAGAGAAUUACAGCAAAAAGGAUGAUUAGGAAUUUUACCACUGUGGUUUAUUUAUAAGAUAAAGUGCUGCAAUGAGUUACAGCUUUUUUGUUACACUAAUCUUUUUCUUAUUCUCUUGAUAUCACAACUACUUUUAUUUCAACAUAGCAGCUUUAUUCUUCCAGUACUUUGUUUUAGUAGAUGAAAACUGCAAAUACUGCAAUGUGUCUUUAGUGUGACCUCAAUAUGAUAUAGUACUGAGGUCACAAGGUGCCUUAGUGUUUUCAACAUCUGUAACUGUACCAAAGCUGCCAUUUUUGUCUUAAAUUCAACUUUAUAUUCUUUUAAUUUCAUUGAGUUUGUGUUAUUUGCAGUAGCCAUACAUUUGUUAACUGUAGUACUCAAGUUGUAGCACUCUAAUAAAAUAUAAUUGUAAUGAUUUACUGCAUAACCUUCCUUUUUUUAAUUACAAUUUUAGAUUGUAAAAUACAUUUUUAUACAGAUUAAAAGCUGCAUCAGACACAACAAUUAAAACGGCAGUUGCAGUAAUUUUACAAUUGAAAAAAAUGAUCUUUAGAUGUGUUUGUUUCUUUUUUUUAAGGAUUUCAGUUGUUCCUUUACAUUUUCUGGAAAAAAACACUCAAUAAUGCAAUAAUGGGGGUUAGAGAAACUAAAACGGAGGCUCAGAUUAGGGAGAAACCUGACAUUUGACAAAAAAAAUGUGUUUUUAUCAUACAUGUGGCAAGAAUGAUUGUCAAAUGAAAGUUCUGAGUUCUUCUUUUGAAGUCCUUUUUUGCUCACAAAACCCUGCUAUACUUUUUAUAUUAUACUUUGUUCUAUGUGUUUUUUUUUUUGUUCUUCUUUGGUACUGUGUUGGUGACUGCUUCAGUUUUAUUCUCCAAGUGGACAGUGACAAUAAAGGAAUAUCUUAUCUCUUA